AAAAAAUUACCUCUCACCAAAAACUUGUAAUCCUUCAUUAUAGUAAUCCCUCUUUUUCAUCUGACCAGAUCUCUUUAUAUGUCCCAUGUCACAGCCCUUAUAUUCUCCAGCAUAAAUUACAACCCAAACUAUGCUUGUCCAGUCCUCUAUAUUAUUAUCGCCACCACCCUUCCCCUCUAACCACAACAUGGAUCAAUUCUCACACAUUAUUCCCACAGAAAGAUCACCCAGAAGAGAACUCCAACUCCAAGGUCCACGCCCUACACCUCUCAGAAUAAACAAAGACUCUCAUAAAAUCAAGAAACCACCCUUGGCACCACAACAACCCUCACACCCUCAUCAACCCCCACCGCGCCAACCCAUAAUAAUCUACACCGUUUCCCCCAAGGUGAUUCACACCACACCAAGUGACUUCAUGAACCUCGUUCAACGCCUCACUGGGUCCAGUUCUUCUUCCUCUGUAGUGGUGCCCAACAACAACAACACUCAUGUCGACCCUUUCAACAACGGCGCCGGAAUGUUGUCGCCGGCGGCGCGUUACGCCACCAUAGAGAAAGCCAUGUCCCCUAUGGGGAAAAAACAUGUUCUUCCAAGUGGGGAUAAUAUUAUAAGCGAUGUGCAAGGGAUAGAGAUUAAUAUAGGUGAUGGUGUACUUGAGAGAUCACAACAAAACAUGUUUCAAGGUAUUUUGUCUCCUGGUCCAGCUUCACUAUCUCCCAUUCCUUCAAAUUUUUUCUCUCCACCUUCUUCGGAUCCAAGUAUGGUUAGCUUCCUUCAUGAUUUGAGUCCUAUGUUUCAAAGUGGAAGAAAUUUUAUGGAGGGUAGUUCUUUCGUCUUGCCUAGCCCUUCUUCAAACUUCAGCUUUGUUUCACCGCAUACUCCUUCUAUGGACUUAUUCAACUAUUUCUUAGAUUAGUAAAAAUUCUUCUUUGGCGUUUAUUGUUGAAUUUUUAGUUUUUUUAUUUCACAGAUACAAAAAAAUUGGAUCCGAACGGAGAUUGAUAAGGAUUGGUUUGUCGAGUUAUAUUGUGUAGUUUGAGAGGAGGGGGCAAAGUGGAAAUUUGUUGCUCUUUCAGUGACUAUAGUUCUAGAUAGCUGCAAUUUGCAACCUUCUUUGUUGGAUUUUUUUAUUUAUUUUCUAGGGCAGUGUUUGUGCUCUCGAAUUUCUUAUGACCUUCGCCGUUGACAUUAUUCUUUGGCAUGUAUUGUACAUUGCGUUUAGUUUAGUUUGCUGAUGUAUGUCGGCCCUAAAUAUAUUCAAUCCCAUUUAUAUUCUUUCUUUGUAUGAUCAGAAUCACAUGUAUGCUACUCUGGCAACCUUUGAUCAUUGAAAGCAUCUACCUUACUUUUUUCUUGAGUAA